GUGGAACAAAUUUUAAGGCACAACGCAUGCGAGUGCAUUUAACGUGCUGCAAAUCAUUCCGGGCCAAAAUACAAGCCAGAUUUAUUAUAAAUACGGGCCAUUGCAGCAGCGAUACCAACAACAUUUGCAUCCAAUUCAUUGUGAUUGUGGUUGGUGUCUGGUAUAACCACAAAAAAAAAAAAUAUUUUCUCUGCAUUUCGAGGCUCAAUUUGUGCGCGAGAACCCAAGCACACUUAUAGCAAAGAGCGGUUCGACACUAAAUCGAAGUCACAAAUCAGUAGCUGUCUUCGUCAUCGUCAUCGUCAUCGUCGUUUUCAUUUGCAUUGAAUGUUCAUUUUUAAUUACAUAUGUAUUCCUCUUCGCUUACAUCGAAUUUUAAAACUGAGUGUCAAAGUUAAAAAGUAAAUCCACCAUUCAAAUUGCGAGACAACUGUUUACUCAACUACAACUCUGCUGUUGUCAUUACAACAAUAACAGCAACAACAACAGCAAUUGUGGAAAAGUGUGUGGGUGACGAGGGAAUAUUGCAUUGAAAUGUCUGCGGAACGUGAAAUACCCGCUGAGGACAGCAUCAAAGUCGUCUGUCGCUUUCGGCCACUCAACGACAGCGAGGAAAAGGCCGGCUCAAAGUUUGUUGUCAAGUUUCCAAACAAUGUGGAGGAGAAUUGCAUAUCCAUAGCGGGUAAAGUCUAUCUGUUUGACAAAGUCUUCAAGCCGAAUGCGUCGCAGGAGAAGGUAUACAAUGAGGCGGCCAAGUCGAUUGUCACGGAUGUCCUCGCUGGCUACAAUGGAACGAUAUUCGCCUAUGGCCAGACAUCCUCCGGCAAGACGCACACAAUGGAGGGCGUCAUUGGCGAUACGGUGAAGCAGGGCAUCAUUCCGCGCAUUGUGAACGAUAUUUUCAAUCACAUUUACGCUAUGGAAGAGAAUCUGGAGUUUCACAUUAAGGUCUCGUACUACGAAAUCUAUAUGGACAAGAUCAGAGAUCUAUUGGACGUAUCCAAGAUCAAUUUAAGUGUGCACGAGGACAAGAAUCGUGUGCCCUAUGUCAAGGGCGCCACAGAGCGAUUCGUCUCCUCGCCCGAGGAGGUCUUCGAGGUGAUCGAGGAGGGCAAAUCCAAUCGCCACAUUGCGGUGACAAACAUGAACGAGCAUUCAUCACGUUCGCACUCGGUAUUCCUCAUUAAUGUGAAACAGGAGAAUCUGGAGAAUCAAAAAAAAUUGUCCGGCAAAUUGUAUCUAGUGGAUUUGGCCGGUUCGGAGAAGGUAUCGAAAACUGGCGCUGAGGGCACCGUGCUGGAUGAGGCGAAGAACAUUAACAAGUCGCUGUCGGCGCUGGGAAAUGUGAUUUCGGCGCUGGCUGAUGGCAAUAAAACGCACAUACCAUACCGUGACUCCAAGCUGACCCGUAUCCUGCAGGAGUCGCUCGGUGGCAAUGCACGCACAACGAUUGUCAUUUGUUGCUCGCCAGCGAGCUUCAACGAAUCGGAGACGAAGUCAACGCUCGACUUUGGACGUCGCGCCAAGACGGUGAAAAAUGUGGUGUGUGUCAACGAGGAGCUUACAGCCGAGGAGUGGAAGCGUCGCUACGAAAAGGAGAAGGAGAAGAAUGCACGACUCAAGGGCAAGGUGGAGAAGUUGGAGUUGGAGUUGGCGCGUUGGCGUGCCGGCGAAACGGUUAAGGCCGAGGAGCAAAUCAAUAUGGAGGAUCUCAUGGAGGCCAGCACACCCAAUUUGGAAGUGGAGGCGGCAGCGCAGGCCGCUGGUGCCGCUCAAGCGGCGGCCGCUCAGCGCAUGGCAAUUGCUAACAUGUCCGCCUCGGUGGCAGCCGAUGAGCGUGCCCGUUUGGCCACAGAAUGUGAGCGGCUCUAUCAGCAACUGGACGAUAAGGAUGAGGAGAUCAACCAGCAGAGCCAGUAUGCCGAACAGCUGAAGGAGCAGGUUGUGGAGCAAGAGGAGCUCAUUGCGAACGCUCGACGCGAAUAUGAAGCACUGCAGUCGGAGAUGGCACGCAUCCAGCAGGAGAACGAAUCGGCCAAGGAGGAGGUCAAGGAGGUGCUGCAGGCCCUUGAGGAGCUGGCCGUUAACUAUGACCAGAAGUCGCAGGAGAUCGAUAACAAGAACAAGGAUCUCGAUGCCCUCAACGAGGAGUUGCAUCUGAACAAAACUCAAUUCAAUUCCACCUCAACAGAGCUGCAGCAGCUGAAGGACAUGUCCACGCACCAAAGGAAACGAAUCACCGAACUGCUAAUCAAUCUGUUGCGCGAUCUGGGUGAGGUUGGCCAGUCCCUAGCGGCCGGCGAUUCCGCAAUCGAUCUCAAGAUGAACGCUCUGGCUGGCACCGAUCCCGCCAAGCUGGAGGAGGACUUUACCAUGGCCCGCGUCUACAUCAGCAAGAUUAAAACGGAGGCAAAGAACAUUGCGCAACGCUGCUCCAAUAUGGAGACCACAAACGUGGACUCCAACAAGAAGAUCGUCGAGUAUGAGAAGGAUCUCGGUGAGUAUCGACUGCUAAUCUCGCAGCACGAGGCACGCAUGAAAUCGCUACAGGAGUCGAUGCGCGAGGCAGAGAAUAAGAAGCGUAAUCUGGAAGAGCAGAACGAUUCGCUGCGCGAGGAGUGCGCCAAACUGAAGGCCGCCGAGCAUGUGUCGGCGGUGAAUGCCGAGGAAAAGCAACGGGCCGAGGAGUUGCGCUCCAUGUUCGACUCGCAAAUGGAUGAGUUGCGCGAGGCGCAUACCAAACAGGUGUCGGAGCUGCGUGAUGAGAUCACUGCCAAGCAGCAUGAAAUGAACGAGAUGAAGGAUGUGCAUCAGAAGCUGCUGCUCGCCCAUCAGCAGAUGACCGUCGACUAUGAGAAGGUGAAGCAGGACGAGGCCGAUAAAUCGAACAAACUGCAGGACAUCAUUCAGACCAGCGAGCGUCGCGAACAGGCACGGAAAGACCUUAAGGGUCUGGAGGACACCGUCGCCAAGGAGCUGCAAACGUUGCACAAUCUGCGCAAACUGUUUGUCCAGGAUUUGCAACAACGUAUUCGCAAGAAUGUCGUCAAUGAGGAGAGCGAGGAGGAUGGUGGCUCGCUGGCGCAAAAGCAAAAGAUCUCCUUUUUGGAGAACAAUCUCGAUCAGUUGACCAAGGUGCACAAGCAGUUGGUGCGCGACAAUGCCGAUCUGCGCUGUGAGCUGCCCAAGCUUGAGAAGCGUCUGCGCACAACCAUGGAGCGUGUGAAGGCGCUGGAAACGGCGCUAAAGGAGGCAAAGGAGGGCGCGAUGCGGGAUCGCAAACGUUACCAGUACGAGGUGGAUCGCAUCAAGGAGGCAGUGCGACAGAAGCAUCUGGGCCGACGUGGACCCCAAGCACAAAUUGCCAAACCCAUUCGGGCGGGCCAGGGUGCUAUUGCAAUUCGAGGCGGUGGUGGUGGCGGUGCCGCCGGCGGUGCCACAAUGGCUCAGGUGAGCGCUGUUAACUCCUAAUUGGCCGGCCGACCGCCCGCCCAGUUUCAGUACCGUACCGUUUCAGUUUAGCUCCGCUUUAACCUACUUAACCGUAAAAAAUUAUUGCCUUCGCUUAAAGAAUGUCGUUUUGCGAUCAUGUGCAGCGCUUUAUAUAUAAAUAUAAAUAAUUAAAUAAAUGAGAGGAAAAAAAGGAAAAUAAUUAACUAAAUUUUACAACAACAAAACCCCCACAGAUAUUUAAGGAUACAUAAACUAUGUUUAAGCAUAUUUAUAAACUUUUCAAAUAUAAACUUAAAUAAAAGUCGCAGACAAUUUA